AUGCCUCUACGGACCUACAUAUUUCCUACUCGGGUUGCGCGCUUACUUUCCGUGACAUCUUUCAUUGUAACCGUCUUCUUAUGUCACUGGAACUUCAUCAAGGCAGCCCUGUUGGCCUAUGCUUUUAUCUUUUUCGACGAUGGCCCGCUUCACGGUGAGCGCUACUGGCCGGCGUUCGCGCGCCUCCCGCUGUGGAAGUGGUACGUGCAACGAGUUCUGAACGUGCACCUUCACGCCGAGUGCGGCAUCCUAGAUUCGAGUCAAAAGUACAUAUUUGCAGCCCAUCCGCACGGAAUCCUCGCUUGGCAGCAUUACGCGACGUUUACGGAUGGUUGCGACUUUUUGAGCAAGGUAGCGCCGGGGCUGGAACGGCGCGACCUUGUGGCGUCGGCGCUGCUUUGGUGUCCAUUCAUACGCGACUUUGCGCUCUGGUUGGGCUGUGUGGAUGCGUCACCUUCGGUUGCAGAGCGGCAACUGCGACUCGGACGCAGCUUGCUUAUCUUCACGGGCGGUGAACACGAACAGGUUCUAGCCGAGCCAUAUUGUCAGCGCAUUGUUCUUCGCAAGCGAAAAGGUUUCCUGCGUCUGGCGCUGCGCCACGGUGCCCAUAUUCUUCCGGUCUAUGCGUUUGGUGAAAACGAACUAUAUGUAACAUGGCCUAGGUUUGCGCAACGUUUUCGACUGUGGCUCGUGCGUCGCACACGUGUUCCACUGCUGCUGUUUCGCGGGCGCUGGUUUACCUUGUGGCCAGAUACACGCGUUCCUGUCCAUGUUGUGAUUGGUAAACCAGUGCGCGUACCCGGACCGAUCAACGAGCCGUCUGACGAGCAGAUUCUCGCGCUACAAAAGCGCGUUUUAGACGCAUUUGUUCAAUUAUUCGAGCGUCAUAAGGGCCGGUUUGGCUACGGGAAGCAGGACCUGCUCAUUGUAUGA